AUAAAGAUAAUCAGCCUCAAUGUACGACGUCAAAUCUCCUGGGAUAUUUGCUUGAAUUUUAAGAUCUAGUGUAGAGUGUACUGCUUGAACGGUGAUUUGUUUGGAGAUGACUGUCUCUGAAAAUGACAAAAGAUGGCUCACAGUUCUGGUGGCCACCGAAAAAAUUGUGGCUCCAUUGGUAAGGGAAUAUGUGGCAAAAGGAAUCGGCAAACUAUAUGAAUUUUUAAAUGGUCAUUUACGAAACAUCUCAACACCAUGCAGUCUACGGACUUUGACAUAUUUAAUAUGCCACCCACCUCACCAUGCAGAUCGUUACCUUAAAGGCUUGAAAUUUAAAAACAUAAACGACAAUGCAGAAAAGACCAAACCGAACUACAACUACUCAGUGAACAGCCCGGUGGAUCUUGCCAAGUUAUAUCUUCCUGAUUACCUAGCAAAAUUCAGGGAAUUUGACAAUUCCAUGGAUAUGAGCGCUGCUCUUCGCCUUUUGGGAUAUGACAAUUAUCCCACCCAAGUACAUGUCUCAUCAAAUCCUUUGCUAGAUAUUAAAUCACUGGCCGACGAUGUCAGGAAUAAUGUUAGAAAUCCUGGGGCUCAUUAUGACGAGAGCAUCUGGACAGAAAACUUCGUAAACCAAAGCUUUGCAAAGCUCGUCGAUUUGGUCAGGGCUCUUGUACUUCCUGCCGACCAAGAGAAGGAUACUUUGGAUCACCUUCACCGAUGGAGAACAAACGGGUGGGAGCUCUUAGUCGCUAAAGACGUGAUUGACAUCAGGAACGAGUUCAAUAAAUAUCAAGAUUUGCUCGGAACAAAAUUGGAAGAACACGAUGAAUUACUGGGUUACCAGCUGCCUGAAACCGUGAAAAAGCUUUCCUCCGUUGCUGAUCAUCUUUCUAGACUAGAAGAGAGCCUCGUCUGCAUGGAUGAGCGAGUUCAUUCGACAAAUUUGCGAUCUGAUUUUAUUGAGGGGCGACAAGAUGAGCUUGUGGAGAGACACAAUGAGCUUGUGGACCGACAUGAUGAGCUUGAGGAGCGUCACGAUGAGCUUGAGGAGCGUCACGAUGAGCUUGAGGAGCGUCACGAUAAGCUUGAGGAGCGUCAGGAUGAGCUCGAUAAAGUAGUUCAAGCAGUUGUAAGAAAUGUAAAAGAACUACAGGUCAACCAGGACAAUGGUGCCUUUGGUAAAGGCGAUGCUCAAGGGGGUGGCACCAUCAGUCCUCGUUUGAGGGCCUGUCCUAUGUCAGCAGAUCAGCUCCCAUUAGAUGCAGGCCACUUAAAUGAGAGAGAUGGUAAUGUUGAGAUGUGUGAAAGUUCCUCCGGAUCUGGUACCGGCUCUGAAACGGAGGAUGUGGGUGGAAACCAGACUAGCUCGCCUUCUCAGGAACGUUUCCAUGUAAGACGCAUCAAUCCAGAUAAAGUUAUUUUGAAGUAUCAGACUGGCGCUCCAUUUAAAAUUGAAUUUAAUGGAAGGCUACCCGAUGAGGUGGAAGCAGGAUUUGCUGAGUUCGAAACCCUGCAAGAGGUAGAAUUAUCAAGGGAAGAUGACCGUACUCUAGCGGGUAGAGCUCUUCCGCACUCAGGAGGAGGAGGUAUUUUUAGAGUAAUUGUUCGCUCGCAAAAUGGCUUGUUUUUGGGUGAAACAGAGAUUUUGUACUUGGAUUUGGUGGAAGAAGUGUUGAAACAAGCAGUUCACGACCCAACUAUAAUGAAGCUGUUCAUUAGAGCUGCCAUCCCAUGCUUAGAUGAAAACUCUGGAAGUGAUUGCGACGUAGCAAAUUCCACGAACGCUGGUUGUUCUGGUGGAAAAAAAUCUCCACUAUCCGUUCAGCUCUUGCAACGUUUCAUUUACGUAGCAGCAAAAGUUGACGCUCAGUGGUUCAUUAGACUUAUCUUUGAUCUGCCCUCUGGAAGAGUUGCAUUUGAUUCAUACAAAGAAAGAUCGUUGUUGCCAGAAGACGUAGCCCACGCACGAGGCCACAAGGAAACCGCGCAGUAUCUUAAAGAUGUGACUAAAAGACUCUCUGAAAAUGAGGAAAUGGAAGAAAGACCAUCAAACACCAUUGACUGGCAGGAAAUCAUUGCAGCCAUUGAGGGAACACAACUUGAAAGUCCUGGUUUUGAAAGACAGAGUUGUCAAGGGCUACAAUCUCAACAGACAAAGCCGACCAUGUCACCGCAGCCCUUCACUGACAAGAAGCUGAAUUAUUUCAAGUUUGCCUCCAUCGUGUUUAAUGAGUUCGCGAACGCUUUGCGUCAAACGUUUAAGUCCAUGUGGGACAGCACCUUUGGAUAUCGCCCUGGAUAUCAACCAUGGGAUGACUCCACAGCAGUAAGGAACUUGUUUCUCGCCGAAGAGGGUGGUAAAACCAAAGUUCCCACUCACCUCUCCUAUGAAGCAUGGGACUGUACCGCCCUUUUUCAUACCACCAUAUAUGCGCAGUCCUUCGCUCUGCUGGACAGCAAAGGCCAUAAGAGGACCCUUAGUGAAUUGUACACGAGGCACCGUAAAAUACCUCAUGGAAAGUUUCAUGUAUCUGUGGUGAGUCCAAGUGGAAGCCAAGCUGAGACGUUUACACUCGCGAUUGAUCAGCUGCGACUGUUAAGAAAUUCGCUUUAUCACUCAGAAAAUUCAGAGAUUGAUAAAGCAACGUUUGACCAGUACAUGAAGCUGGCUAAGGAAGCAUUCAAAGCUCUUGGUAUGAAAACUGACCCAAUUGAUGUCAUCGGUAGUUUGACAGAGUCCGACUUUCCCACAACAGCAGUUCGCAAUCUGGAGCACGGUAUGAAACAGGAGCUUCGAGAGCGAAUCAAAUUUCUCGAAAGCGAGGGUUCAAGUAUUGAUGAAUUAAAGGCGUUGACAAAUGGAAUAAAGGAAAAAGUUGAAGGUGGAGCAAGUAAGGAAGACCUUGCUUUAUUGGAGAAGAAGAUGGAUGAAUUGAAAGAACAAAAUAAUACAACCCAGAAAGAUUCGAAGGCAUUGCUUCCGCCAUCAUGUCUUCCUCCGAUGGUUCCACACUUCACUGGCCGCCAAAGAGAGUGUAAAGACAUCGUCGGUCACGUGGCUUCCACAUCCAUCCGAAUCGUGUCGAUAUGGGGCUCGCCUGGUUUCGGAAAAACUUCUGUGGCAACUGCUGUGGGACAUAAACUCCAGGAUAAAGAAUUGUCUGUCUACUUUUUCUCCUUACGAGGGCUAAACUCAAAAUCUGAUUUAAUAUCAAAGCUGUUUAGCUUUUUCAGGAGAGCUUCUGGAGAAGAUGAAAUACCCCAGCGGCUGCCAAUCGAUGAAGAACUUUUUCAAGCUCUCGCCAAGAUUCCAAACGAGUUUUUGAUGAUUCUUGACAAUGCUGAUGACUUACUCGAAAGUGGAGAGCCAAACGUGAAAGACGAUUUCAUACAGUUUCUUAAAGACAUUCUCAGUCGAUCCGAGAAGGCAACUUUUGUCAUUACCACAAGGGAAUCUCUUGAAUUUAUGAAUGUGCACUUUGAAGACCACCAGGAAGUGAGAAUAGGGCCAUUAGAUGAGUCCUUCUCUCAAGCAUUGGUGAGUGAGCUGCUUCCAAAUGCUAUUUCCGCGUCUGAUUGUGGAGAAAUUGCGAACAUCUGCGGGCAUGUACCGCUGGCCAUUAAGCUGUUGUGCUCCGACAUUUCUGAAGAUAGCACCCAACCAAGUCAGUUUCUCGAGGACUGGAAGGAAUCUGUAGAGCGUAACAUUGUCGAUCUGUUGGACAAUCCAGACUAUCCUAGCAAUCUGAGAUUAAAAUUUCUAUUUGAAUCAUCCUUUCUAAGACUUUCAGUACAAGAGAGAAAGGCAGUGGUUUCUUUGAGCAUUCUAUCGGGAGAUUUUAGCAUCUCGGUUGCCGCUGUUGUUAUGGGAGUCAAAACAAACCUCGAGGCAAGGAAGAUCUUACAUAGGCUUCAGAGGAGAUCACUUCUUGACCCUGGUUCCAAACCCGAUUCAUUUUCAAUGCAUAAAUUGCUUCUGUCCUUUGUUAGAGAAAGAGGAGAAGAUGAAAUGAAAGAAACGAUGCUGGAUUCAAAAGCGCGCUUUUCUGCAUUUUACGUUUCUCUUUUCGAGAAGUUGAACGAACAGUUCUUGAAAGGACAUUCAAUGUCAGCAUUUGUUGCAUUCUAUGAAGAGAAGCAAAAUAUCAUCCAGAGUCUAACAGAAAGCUGUUCAGAUCCUAAGACAUGUGAUGUUGUUUUCACUGUUUUGAUAAAAGCAGAAAUAUUUCUAGAUUCCCUGUUCUGGUGCGAGGGAAACACCUUCAACGAGCUUUACGAAUCAGCAAUCAAUCGGGCGAAAAAGCUCGGAAAAGGAGUUUUGUACAAACAGCUCUUGAUUUCCCUUGCUUUUGGUGAGAUGUAUUGGGGCCCAAAAGGAAGAACGAUGAAGCUGCUUUCGAAAGUUUGGGACGAGCAAAUGUCAUGUUCAUCUCUCUCGGCAGAACAUAAGGGAAAACUCAUUUGUUACAGAGGCAUCUGUCAAGUGGCUUCUGGAAAAACAGACGAUGGAAUACGAAGCUUAGAAGAAGCUCUUUCGUUGAUGUCUGGCGAUGCUGAACAGAGAAUUCUCCGAGUAACUGCAUUUCAGGUUCUUGCUAUUUGUUACCACUUCAAAAAACAAUAUUCAGUUGCGUCACAGUUUUAUGAGGAGGCGUUGCAAGAAUGUGGAUCAUUUGUAGACAUGAGUCUUGUUGUUAUUCCCCCAAUGGAAAACAAAGAAAAUAACAUUGUCGAAGAAGAGGUACAAAAACGGAAACCAAACACUCAUAUGACUUAUCCGCUUAGAUUAGAAAUUAUCUCUGUUGUUGGCUCAGCAACGAAUCAUUUAUUUGAUAAAUAUACCGAGAACUCAAUGAGCAAUGCUGUUAUUCAAAUAGCAACAGAAUUAGAGAAACCGAUAUUACAGAGAUCACUCGGCCUUUGGAAAUUUCAGCGCAACGUCCGUGCUACACUCAAGAGUGUGUUGAAUUAUCACAAAGAAGCAACUAAAUUGUCUGCUGCAAGCAUCAGUUAUCAUGAAAUGGCCAUUACGGAAUAUGGAAACAUGGCAUUAGAGACUCACCCGAAACUAAAUGAGAAUCUAGCGUUACGCGUGCAUCAAGAGGAGCUUCAAAGGAGUUACUUCGACCAUGGCGUAAAUCUGUUCAAACAGCAAAAAUAUUCUGAGGCCCAGAGAUUUUAUAAAAGUGCACUAAUAAUGCAAAUUAAACUGUUUGGAGAAGAACAACCAGACACAGCGAGGAGUUACCAAUCACUCGGAGUAACACAGCACAAGCUGGGCGAUUUUGCUUCAGCGUUUCAGUCAAUACAGCGCAGUCUUGAUAUCCGAGUUAAACUGUUUGGAGAAGAACACCGGACCACAGCGAGUAGUUAUGAAUUACUCGCAAUAACACAGAACGAGUUGGGUGACUUUAAUUCAGCGAUUCAGUCGAUACAACGGAGUCUUGACAUCCGAGUUAAACUGAUUGGAAAAGAACACGAAGACACAGCGAGGAGUUACGAAUUACUCGGAGUAACACAGCACAGUUUGGGCGACUUUGCUUCAGCACUUCAGUCCAAACAGUGCGGACUUGACAUCCGAGUUAAACUGUUUGGAGAAGAAGACCCAUACACAGCUGAGAGUUACCAAUCACUCAGAGCAACACACAACAAGUUGGGCGACUUCGCUUAAGCGCUUCAGUCCAAACAGCAUGCACUACACACCCCUAUUAAACUGUUUGGAGAGGAACACCCAGACACAUCAAGGAGUUACGAAUCAGUAGCAGCAACACAGAACAAUUUGGGCGACUUUAAUCCAGCACUUCAAUCAGCACAGCAUGCACUUAACAUCCGUGUUAAACUGUUGGGAAAAGAACACGCAGACACGGCGAGGAGUUACGAAUCACUCGGAAUAACACAGCACGAGCUGGGCGACUUUCCUUCAGCGCUUCAGUCCAAAUAUCGUGUGCUCUUGACCCCAAGUUAAACUUCUUGGAGAAAAACACGCAGAUACGGCAAGGAGUUACGAAUCACUCGGGGUAAUACAGCACAUUUUGGGCGACUUUGCUUCAGCGCGUCAGUCCAAACAGCGUGCAGUUGACAUCGUGUCAAACUGUUGGGAGAGGAAUACGUAGAAACGGCGAGGAGUUACAAAUCACUAGGAGUAACAGCAAAAUCCAGCUAUAGCACUUCAGUCCAAACAGCGCGCACUUGACAUCCGUGUUAAACUGUUGGGAGAAGAAUAUGCAGACACGUAAAGGAGUUACGAAUCACUGGGAGUAAGACAGCUCAUUUUGGGCGACUUUGCUUCAGCGCUUCAGUCUAAAUAGCAUGCACUUGACAUCCAUGUUAAACUAUUUGGGGAAGACUACGCAGACACGGCGAGGAGUUACAAAUCACUAGCAGUAACACAGCAGGAGUUGAGCGACUUCGCUUCAGCGCUACAGCCCAAACUGCGUAAGUUUGACAUCCGUGUUAAACUGUUUGGAGAAGAACACUUAGAUACGGCAAAGAGUUACCACUAACUCGGAGUAUAAAAGCACAAGCUGGGUGACUUAGUUUCAGCGCUUCAGUCCAAACAGCGUGCACUUGACCUAUGCGUUAAACUAUUUGGAGAAGAACACGCAGAAACGGCGAGGAGCUACGAAUUACUUGCAGUGACACAACACAAUUUGGAUGACUUUGCUUCAGCGCUUCGAUUCAUUCCAAACAGCAUGCACUAGACACCCGUGUUCAACUGUUUGGAAAAGACAAGUAUUGAUGGAUCUCAGUCUAAUCAAUGCUAUCUUAACUGUGGUGUACCUCAGGGGUCCUGUUUGUGUCCUCUACUACUUGUUGUGUACACUUCUACGCUGUUCGAGGUCAUCGAACGUCAUCUCUGCGAGGCUCAUUGUUACGCGGAUGAUACCCAACUAUACGUGAGUUUCAAGCCAGAUGAUGCUAAUGCCCAGGAUGAGGCCAUUAGCGCAAUGGAGGAUUACAUCAAAGAUAUAAGGAACUAGCUUACUGAUAAAACUGAAUUUCUAGUUAUUGGAACUCGAAAACAGUUCAACAAAUUAAAUCUAUUAGUACUUCAUAUAGGUGAUCAUACGAUUGAUCCUUCGGUUAACGUUAGGAAUUUGGGAACGAUAUUUGACAAUUCAAUUAGUAUGGAUACUCAUAUAAAUCAAGUUUGUAAGACCGCUUUUACCAUAUUCACAAUAUUCGUAGAAUUUAUAAAUACCUUUCACAGGACUCCCUUAAAACAUUAGUUCAUUCAUUCGUUACGUCCAAACCCGAUUAUUGUAAUAGCCUACCUUAUGGUCUUCCCAAAUAUCAUACAAGUAAACUGCUACGAGUACAGAAUGCUGCAGCUAGCUUAUAUAACCUUCACGGGCUACCUGUGUUUUACCGCAUUUAUUUUAAAAUUUAAUUAUCACAUCAAGGCCAUAUUUAAUAUGUCAUCUAGCUAUCUUAGUAACUUAGUGUCUAUUAAGUUGUGUUCUGUUAUUCCUUUGGAGCAGAUUCUUCAUUAUUUUUGGAGCGUCCCAAGGGGCCCAAGGGGCCCAUUAGGAGCUCGUUCAUUUUAUGCUGCUGCCCCUACAAUAUUAAUGUGGAACAGCCUUCCAGCAAAUAUUCGGGAAAUAACAUCACUCCGCAUUUUUAAGAAAAAACUUAAGACAUCUUUUAAUUUAGCUUACAACGAGUAGCUUUUCUUGGGGGUGAUCAAUUGUAUAUUUUUAGCAUUAGGUUUUAUAGAUAUUUCUUAUAACUUAUUAUAGUCACCGUAUUUUUAUAUACUUUUUAAAUUCAUGCAAAGCGCUUUUGACCAUUGUAAUUUUAGAAGGCGUUAUAUUAAGUGAAUAAUAUCAUAGGUGACAAAUUACUCCUUAAUUUUGGCGCGAAAUUUCAGCGUUAAUUUUUAAUUUCACAUGUGAAA